AUGGGAGUUUUCGAUCUUAUUCAGCUAUCCCGGCAGGGACCAAAAUAUCAUAAUGAGAUGAUAAUCGCUGCUCUCCAUUUCUGGAACCCUUCAACCAAUAGCCUUCACUUAAAGUGUGGGAUGCUGACUCCUACUUUGCUAGAUGUUGCUGGUCUAGUGGGUCUGAAACCUGUAGGCCAAAUUUUCGACCCUGAUACUCAUUCCUCGGAGAUAUCUUUCGAUUUUUCGAGACCUGCCGAUGGUAACUUCAUCAUUGAUCAUCACGACACUUCCAGUACCACAGUGUCUGAUCAGGAGCAUAUCGCCUUUUUGACUUAUUGGCUAUCCAUGUACAUUUUUUGCUCAAGGUCAAUUCAGAUUCCCAAGAAAUUCACCACUUUAGCAAUCCAAUUGCAUGAAGGGAGGGAUAUAUGCCUAAGCAAGCUUAUCUUAGGAUCUCUAUACGAGAGUUUGAACCAUGCAGUAUCCAGUAUAAAAGAUUUCCAACCUGGUAGCAGUCUCAUUAUUCCUGGCCCUAUCUGGUUAUUCCAACUCUGGCUUCUGGCCACUUUCAGAACAAAGUUGGCAGUUCACCUGCCCCCUGCUCUUUCGAAAGCUUAUGAUAAUAGGUCAAUCGAAGGUCUAGGUCUGGCCAUGCUUCAGUACGGAAAUAGGAGUUCUCCUGAUUUGUUUGUAGUGGCUUACAACGCCUUCUUAGGCUGGACGUCUUUCACACCUUCGAUGGCUCCCUUUACCACUAGAUCUCAUGGGCCUUCAUGGUUUACGGCAAGAUUCCCAACCAAUUCUACUAAAGAAGAAGUAGAUAUUAAUGCCAUCUGGGAAGCUUACCUCACCCCCACUUUUCUGUCUAGUCGAGUGACUGUUGGAAGCCCAUAUGGUGUGUACAGCUAUCAACCUAACCAUGUGGCUAGGCAAUUCGGCUUAAUUCAGAUCAAGCCAAGUUCAUUGUACAAGUGCUUAGAUGAUUUGAGGCAACCUCUCAUAGAGCAUGUAUGGAGGUCUAUCCUGCGUCGGGCUCAACGGCAAAAGCUUAUUUUCGAACCCAAACCAUUUACUUCAUCUUUUGCAUGCACGGAAGUGUUCUAUCGAUGGUGGCAGUGCUAUUUUAAGCACCAAUCCGAUCGUAUAGAUCCUGAUACUUUACUUCCUGAACUGAUCCUUGCUUUUCACACUGUGUAG